AUGCACACCCCCCUCCUCCUCAGCACCCUCGCCAUCCUCCUCCUCACCAUCUCCUCCGCCACCCAUGCCGCACCGGCCGUUAGCACCUCACCCGACAUGACCUACGCCCGCUGCGAAAAGCCCAAAACCGCCCACGGCGUCCUCCCAACCUCCGACUUCUACGCCGCCGCCGGCAAAUUCCUCGAAGCGUGCGUGAUCAAGCCCCGCCCCGAGGUCUUCCCCAACAUGCUCGACCUCGCCAGCCGCGAUCCAAAGAACCCAACCUGCAAGGUCUACGCCAGCGCCGGCCGUGUCAACCUGGCCGUGUGUCUGCCUACGUGGGCCGCUGCGGGCGAGGAGCAGGUGAAGCGCUUGAACAAGGCCUUUCCCACGUGUGGGCAUGCGGUCGACGUGUGGAAGGGGAUGAUGCGGAAAUGCCCAGAGGGGGAGAUGGUGGAAGUGGUGCGGCCGUAUUAUGACAUGGGGGCGGUAUUGUACAUUUAUGGAAACUGA